ACUGCCAUGAAAAUGAAAUCUUCUUCUUCUCGUCAAAGUCUACUGUUGUUUUUUCUUGACUUCCCUGAUUCCCUUCUCAAGUGAGAAAGAGUAAAACAAAGAAAAUUCAGAAACAAGACCAGAGAUUAUUAUUCCCAUGUAGAAAACAGAGGAUUUUCAAUAGAGAAGUUGCACACACAGAAAGAGAGAUAUGGUGAAGAACCCUUGUUUUGUUUCACUCUCAAUCUUCAUUAUCUUAUCAUUUCUAUCAACAAUUUCAUUUGCACAUAUAGAAUUAGGUUCAUUUCUUCAACCCAACAGUCAAACCAGCAAAUGGGAUUCUCCAAACAACACUUUCUCUCUGGGUUUCAUUCCUGUCUCUUCAUCUCCUCCACUUUACUCUGUUGCCAUCAAUUUUUCCGGCAUACCCAUAUGGAAAGCAGGUGGUGAUUCUGGUAUAGUUGAUUCAAAUUCACGUUUUGAAUUUCUUAGAAAUGGGAAUCUCCGGUUAAUCAAUAGUUCAAGCACAGUUCUUUGGGAAUCAAAUACAGCUAAUCUCGGAGUUACAAUAGCAACACUUGAUAACUCAGGUAAUUUAGCUUUGAGGAAUGGUUCCACUGUUGUUUGGUCUAGUUUUGAUAAUCCAACUGAUACAAUCUUACCAGGACAGAAUUUUACGACUGCUAAAACUCUAAAAUCUGGGCCUUAUUCUUUCAAUCUUACAAAGUCUGGUAAUCUUACACUCAGAUGGAAAACAGACACUCUUUACUGGAACCAAGGUCUUAACUCAUCAAUCAAUUCAAACUUAACAUCUCCAGUUUUGAGUCUUUCUGGUAUUGGAAUUUUACAGCUUAGUGAUAUUACUCUUCAGAGUUCUGUUAGAGUUUAUAGUAGUGAUUUUGGUGACACUGGUAAUCUUUUUAGAUUCUUAAGACUUGAUUCUGAUGGGAAUUUGAGAAUGUAUUCUUCUGUUGGGGGUGGGAAUGCAACUGAGAGAUGGGAAGCUGUUGUAGAUCAGUGUUUAGUUUAUGGGUGGUGUGGUAACAUGGGUGUUUGUAGUUAUAAUGAUACUAGUCCUGUUUGUGGUUGUGCAUCUCGAAAUUUCGAGUUGGAAGAUCCAAAUGAUAGUAGAAAAGGGUGCAAGAGGAAGUCGGAUAUAACAAACUGUUCUAGUUCUUUAACCAUGAUGGAAUUGGAUAAUACUAUGUAUCUCACUUACCAACCUGAACUCUCUUCUCAGCUCUUUUAUGCUGGGACAGCGGGAUGUAAGUCGAAUUGCCUGAAAGAUACCACAUGUAUUGCAUCAACAGCUCUUUCUGAUGGAACAGGAGUAUGUUACUAUAAAACAACAAGUGUUGUUAGUGGGUAUCAUUCGCCUACUAUUCCUAGUAUUUCAUAUGUUAAGAUAUGCGGAUCAGAGGACCCUAAUCCACCUCCAUCUGCUCUUACUGCGGCGCUGAGUGGUAAAUCAUUUCAAUUUCGUGGUUGGAUAGUUGCGGUUGCGGUUUUAGUUACUGUAGUUGCUGUGGUUUUGUUGGAGGGUGGUCUAUGGAUUUGGUGUUGUAGGAACAGCCCAAAAUUUAAUUCAUUAUCGGCGCAAUAUGCGCUACUGGAAUAUGCAUCUGGUGCUCCCGUCCAAUUCUCAUUCAGUGACCUGCAUAGUUCAACCAAGGGAUUUAAGGAGAAACUUGGGUCUGGAGGUUUUGGGACUGUUUAUAAAGGGGUUCUUGCCAAUAGAUCAGUAGUUGCCGUGAAACAGCUAGAAGGAAUUGAGCAAGGGGAAAAACAGUUUAGAAUGGAAGUUGCAACUAUAAGCAGCACCCACCAUUUGAAUUUGGUGAGAUUGGUCGGGUUCUGCUCUGAGGGUCGCCACAGGCUUCUGGUUUACGAGUUCAUGAAAAAUGGGUCCUUGGAUGGUUUUCUUUUUGCGGCGGAUGGAAAUUCAGGGAAAUUAUUGAACUGGGAAAGUAGAUUCAACAUUGCACUGGGGACUGCAAAGGGGUUAACCUAUCUGCAUGAGGAGUGUCGAGACUGCAUUGUACAUUGUGAUAUAAAACCAGAAAACAUUCUUUUGGAUGAUAAUUACAAUGCUAAAGUCUCGGAUUUCGGCCUUUCAAAGCUAAUCAAUCCAAAAGAUCAUCGACGAACUUUGACUAGUGUCAGAGGAACAAGAGGAUACUUGGCUCCAGAAUGGGUGGCUAACCUUCCUAUCACAUCAAAAUCCGAUGUCUGCAGUUAUGGAAUGGUUCUAUUAGAGGUCGUUAGUGGUCGAAGGAACUUCGAUGUCUCGGAAGAAACAUGUUGGAAGAAAUUUUCCAUGUGGGCAUAUGAUGAGUUUGAGAAAGGUAAUAUUUUCAGCAUCGUUGAUAAAAGACUCUCAGAGAAUGAGUUAGACAUGGAGCAAGUGCUAAGAGCAAUUCAGGUAAGCUUUUGGUGUAUUCAAGAGCAGCCAUCCCAAAGACCAAAAAUGGGAAAAGUAGUGCAGAUGCUUGAAGGCAUUGCAGAAAUUGAGAGGCCACCAAUUCCAAAGGCUGCGUCAGAAGUGUCUGUUGGUGGAAUGACCAUGAAUGUUAGUGACAGCAUAAUUGCUUCCUCAACCAUCGCUACUUCAGCUCAUGCUCCCUCCUCCACAUCAUCAUCUCUUAGAUUCUCGAGGGAUCUGACAUCUAUCUAGUUCAGCAUUUUUCAAUAUAAUUGCUGAUUUGCGGAAGAAUAAAGAACCAGGUACCCAAUAAUAAUUUGUAGAGCAUAAAUGUUCUACGCAGUCGUCAAAUAAAAUUCUAUUGUAUAUACUCAUACCUUUACCAUGUCAGAUGAGGAGUAGAAGGUUGUUCUCAUCUUUCUUCAUUUGUUUAGUAAUCUGUAUGUUAGAUUGUUUAGGUUCUAUAUAUAGAAAAAGCCAGGUCUGUAUGGUUUCACAUGUUUAUUACAAGCAAUGUCUAAAUGAAUGUGUAGUUGUUAGUAUCAUAUAUUACAUUAUCAUU